AACAGAAUGCAACGUGUGUGAUACAGAACAAAACAAACGUCACGAUACGAAGGACGAGAAGGCUUAGAUAUCAGACAGUGCUGUAUGAUCGCCAUAUUCUUGUGUGAUUUUAUAACUUACUUUUACAAUAUAUUUUAAAGCCAAAAUGAGCAUUGCUGCUUUACUACAAGCUGCGGAAUAUUUAGAAAGGCGUGAACGAGAGGCAGAACAUGGCUAUGCUUCAACAAUGCCACAUCCAAAUGAUCUCAGCCGCAGACGACAAAAGUCCAAAAAGACUCAGGGAAACAGAACAACGCACAAUGAACUUGAAAAAAAUAGGUAA